CGGACGGGCCUGCGAGACGGCUGCCGCCAAGCCCUCCGCUCCCAAUCCCUCCCUUAAAGCCCCCACAAACAGCACCGCCACAACCCCGUUGGGCAGGCUCGUGCCGUUCCUUCAAAUCAAUUUACCAAAAAAUAAAAAGAAAAAAAUUAACUCAUUCCUACGCCACGGGAACGUGUUGUGUUGUGUUUCAUUCUCUAUAUUUUUUCACAUCGCCUCCACCCCAUCCAAACCCCUCACCUGACCGAGGCGGUUCGUUCAUUCGCUCCGCCACGGUCACCCACUACAAGUUGGUGUUAAGACUUAAAAAGCUUUUACUUAAAAGCUUAAGAGUUUUAACACCAUCUAUCAUCAGUGUUAAAACUAAAAAAGCUAACAUUUUAGCUUAAAAGUUUUAACAGGACGACCAAAUCUGAAUUAAAAUUUAAAAAUCUUUCCGUCCAUCACCACCACCAAAAAAGUGUAUACUUGUACCAUGGGAGAGCCACCGACUUAUGGGAAACCACCGGUAAAUUCGCCACCAUUGACGACGUCAUCUUCCGAGUCAGAAAAAGAGGAGUUGCAGAGGCUAGAGCACGCGCCGCCGUUCUGGAGGAACCGAAAGAAGUUGUCGAAGCAGUUGUCGAUGUGCGAGACGCCUCGGGAUACUGCGUGGGAGAGGCGGCGCCGCCAGAUACUCCGGCAAGAGAGGAAGAAACAAGGGAUCAAUGAUUCAGAGGUUUUGACAGACGAUGACCUGAGCGAGCUCAAGGGUUGCAUAGAGCUAGGAUUUGGGUUCAAUGAAGAGAAUGGACAGAGGCUGUGCAAUACAUUGCCGGCGCUUGACCUUUAUUUCGCCGUGAACCGGCAGUUUGCGACGAGUCCUCUACAGUCGCCGAAUGGCGGAGGCUCGUCGACGUCGAUAGGGAUCUCGUCGACACCUGCCGGAGACUCGUCUAGGUCGCUCGGAAGCCGGUCGUCGUCCUUCGAUAGUCCAAGGAGCGAUGAUUCGUGGAAGAUUUGUUCCCCAGGGGAUAAUCCUCAACAAGUGAAGACGAAGUUGCGGCAUUGGGCUCAAGCAGUGGCUUGUUCUGUGAUGCAGUCAUACUAAAAUGAAGGGAUGGAUGGGUUGUGUACAGAAACAGAAAAAACAAAUGAAAAUAAAUAAAUAAAUAAAUAAAAUGAAAAAAAAACAGAAUUCAGAAACAGAGAAGAUAGAGAGAGAUGAUACAGCGCGUGCUAGGGUGAUUUUCACAUGCGAAUGGUGCAUGUAGUAGCUUUCUGGGCUUGAAAUGCAAUAAAUGGAGUGGAUUGAUUUGCUUCCAUGGUUUGAAGAAACUAAAAUUGCUUGUACUAUCCUCUAGUUUUUUCUUUCUUUCUUUUUUUAAUAUUUUAAAAUCAGAUAUUGUUUGGACACACGGGCCUCCUUAUAUGGACCAAAAUUUGUGUCAUGUGAAACACCACACCACUAAUAGGAAAAAUGAGAGUUGAGAUCAGGGUUGGGAAUGUUUUUAUGAAAAGUUUAUACCAUCCUUUGAUCGACUCUUUCAUGCUUUCAUUGUAUAACGAAGAAUAGUUGCGAAAAAUGGGUUGUUGUGGAUUCAAAUGUAAA